AAACCUCCGCCCACAAACAUCCACGUCUCCGAAUACCUACCCCUCAUUCAACAACUACCGAAAUUAUUAAGCAAACCCUUGAAAUUGGACGCCGAUUUCACAAAUCAUUCCACAAUUUGCUACUUCUAUUCAAUGUGCAAUUUGCGAACCUAGCCGGCCGUGACUUUUCUGGUCUCCUCCCCCAGCAAUUUUGAAACCAAAUCUAUUCGAUCGGCAAACUUUUAACUUCUUGUAUAGUAAGUGUCGCCACUUUAUCCUAAACCCCCUUCUCUCUGCAACCAAAAAAAAACCUCUCUUUUUUAGAAGAGAGGAAAAUUUCUUUCUCCAGGGGAAACAGAGAGAGCAGAAGCCAUGGAAAGGCUUAUCCACUCGUCGUCGUCGUCUUCUCUGUCCACAAAAACCUACCUAAAACCCACCUCUCAAUUCCUUCCUUAUCGAAUCGAUCGUGCUGUUAGUAAACUUGGUUUCUCACAAACCAAAUUCAACAGAAUUCAACUUCAUUCUUCUUCUUUUUCUCCGUUAAUGUCUGUAAAAUCAUCUUCUAUUAGAUGUUCAACAAAGGAUGAUUUUUCAUCUUCAACGGUCAAUUCAGGGAAAGGGUCAACACCCAGAUUUCAAUUUCUUAAGGAAAUAGUUGUUGGAGCUUCUAAACAAGUAAAGGCAGUUCCUGCAGCAGCAGUUAUAUUGUUAUCUGCACUUAUCCUGAUAUCCAUCAACUCAAUUCUUUCUCCCCCAGCCUAUGCUACUGCAAUUCAAUCUGAAGGCUCCGUCGCUGCUACUGUAGGGGGUAAGCUUUUACUAAGUAGUGCUUGGACGGGGUUCUUUGCUGGUUGUUUGCACACUCUAUCAGGACCAGAUCACCUUGCUGCCUUGGCUCCACUCUCCAUUGGACGUACUCGGAUGGAAAGUGCUGCAGUUGGAGCCCUUUGGGGAUUUGGCCAUGAUGCAGGCCAAGUUAUCUUUGGGUUGUUGUUUUUAUUACUGAAAGAUCGACUCCACAUUGAGAUACUUCAGACAUGGGGAACUAGGAUAGUUGGCCUUACGCUACUUUUUAUAGGUGCUACGGGAAUUAAGGAGGCAUCGGAAGUCCCUGCCCCUGUCCCGUGCGUUACUUUAGAGAACGGAGAGUGUGAUGUAAGUGCCCUUGAAUCUCUAGAGGCCCCUAAAGCUAAGAAGAAGAUCGGCCUUGCAACUUUUGCCACUGGAAUUGUUCAUGGACUGCAACCAGAUGCCCUACUGAUGGUGUUGCCUGCACUUGCUCUUCCUUCACGAUUAGCGGGGGCUGCCUUUUUAGGUAUGUUUUUGCUAGGAACAGUUUUUGCCAUGGGAAGUUAUACUGUGUUUAUUGGUUCAUGUACUGAGGCAUUGAAAGAAAGGGUACCUAGGAUUACUGAGAUACUGACUUGGGCUUCUUCCCUUGUUGCGAUUGCUCUUGGACUUGCCAUAUUGGUCAGCCAGUUCUUAGGGUUUAGCUUGUAUUGAUCAUUCUAACCCUUACUAGAUUACCUAUUCUUUCGAAUUUAGAUUUAGAUAACAACACAGUUUUAUGAAAGGAUUGAUGUGAUCCGCUUAAAGGAACAAACGUUCGUGUACUACUUCUUUGCCGAACGAGAAUUUCUAUCCACUGUUUUCUUUUUCACUCUGCUUAUGUAUUCAGGCUUUGUAGUUUUAGCAUAGAAAAGAACCUUUUUCUUUCUUUCUUUUUGAGGGUUGAUGCCUUUAUAGCUGAGACUUAUUUAUUAUCUGUUUGUUUGUAAGAAUUGAAGAAUUUUUGAGUUUGCAGAUUUGUUUAUAUGUAUGUGUUUGAGUUUACUUGA